AUGUGCGUAAGCCAGGAAAAAGACGAGGUGUUCGGCUCCGGGUUCGUUCGUCGACGAUGUCUCGGUUUGUUCCGUUCACUCACUAUACGUAUAGGAAGCGAUCCGGCGUACAUCGCUUUGGUCAAACGAUCUUUACCGCAGCAGUGCAGCUCCCAGAAAGAAGUUCAGUUAUAUGGCUUUACACUGAUGAGAGAUAUAUUGCAGAUGUCCGAGCCCCUUUACAGACAGAUGAUGCCCCUGUUAUUGUCCUUUGAACAAAUUUCUUUGGACAGUCAUAAAAAUGCUGCUGCCAACAUCUCAACACUGUGA